AUGUCCUUCCAGGUACCCUACGAAUCUAGUCCCCCAGAGACCCCAGAGAGAGAUCGCUCUCGCAGCUUAUGGAGUAACGGGUCGACAACUCCUGCUGGUCCGCCGCCGUCGAGCACAAAGUCAUUCACACCGCAAGGGCAGCCAACAGCGACGGAAGGUGGCUCGCGUAUGGCAUUUUCACGAAAUGAGCAUUCUUUCUCCACGAACAAAUUCAACAAUUCGGUUUUCACCAAAUCCGGAAACAUCAAUACAAAUGACAGCAUUUUCGGCUCCUCGUUUGGCUCGACCGAUUUUCCUAUGCCCCGUAACCAGCCCUCGACUAAACCAACAACCGCGUCGAAUCUUCGCUUUAGUGUCGCAUCCAAUGGAACCGCAUCUGGCGACUUCAUGAACUUUGGUCACUCAAAUGGAUUUGCGUCGUCGCAGAUGAGCGAUUACCAGGAGGAGAACCAAGAAAUGGAACCCGAAGAGCUGGAGGAAGAGGAGGAAGAGGUCGAGGAAGCGGAGGAGGAAAUGGACUUGACUUCUCAAGCUCCGCCAAAGCCUUUUAGCUUCACUUCGAUGUUUGGAAACCCGCAACCUGCUCCCGCUCCUGCUCCCGCCCAGCGCAAACCCAUCUACUCGAAUCCUAGCGAUGCCAAGCGGCCAAAGCUCGACGAACACUGGACAAAUCAGUCGCCCCGAAAGGCUAAGCUUUCCCCGAAGAAGGCGUCCGCCAUGCCAUCUAUUCUGCACAACCUAGCUUCCCGGACCCGCAUGCCCGCCGUGGAAGAACCGAGCGACAUGAUUCUCGCCACGGAGGAUAUCCUUGGCAAACUUGCCGAUGAGAUGAAGGCUGCGGAAGAAAGACAUGUGGAUUUCGAUGCCGUGUUGGCUGAUAUAUCGCAAGAAUUGGCAGCAACAUGGCAGGCGUCUGCUGACCACAGCGGAAUUAGUCGGCCAUACAAUGCGCAAUCCGGCAUUGGACCCGGAGAUCAGGCUCCCAAUCUGGUCAAAGCAAGCUUCAUUGCCUCGUUGCUACUUCAAAUCAACCAGCCUGCACGUCAAUCCCCCUCCAACAUGGGUUUAGGCAUGGUGCAGGCUUUGGCCCGAUCCAGCAACCCCAAGCCUUACCCCCAGAUUCUGCUUGAGUGGCUUAAUGAGAACCACGCGCCUCAAACGAAGGGUCUGCAGGAAUUGAGAUAUGUGGAACCAAACCCGACUGCCUCGUCCAACUUCUGGGAUAUCAUUACUGCAUCAGUGCUGCGAGGUCACUUGGACGAAGCGGCCAAGGUUCUUCGCUCUGCGGAUUUCAACUAUGCCCGCUCAGCCUUGGAGGACGGACUACAACAGCCUGGGUACCGUGGCGCGCAGCUGCAAAACAUCCAGCGCGAGGUCAACAGAGCCCUUCUGAUCCUUGAUUCCUGCCCUGGAUCAAAAUUGGACAACUGGAACGUCGAUGGCGCGGAGUGGUCUGCGUACCGGAGACGAGUUGUGACAUCUAUCACUGAGCUGGAAGAAUUCGCAGAGGGUGAGGAGAAAGACGAAUCCAUUGUUCCAGUUCCGGAUAACCGAUUCCAGGCAAUCAACUUUGGAUUAAACAACUUGAACCAGAAACCAAUGUCAUUCACUCAAUCUGCUCGCAUGGCCGAGAGCCGUAUCCCCUGGUCUAUCUACCAGAGCUUGAGAUCCAUCUACCGAAUCCUUCUCGGCGACCCCGCAGCCAUCAAGGCUCAUUCUCAGGACUGGGUGGAGGCAACCAUCGCAUUGACGGCUUGGUGGGAUGGCGAGGACGAUGACGGCGCAGACAUGGAAUAUGAUGCUGGUUUAUUCGGCGGCGAUUUCUUGCGCUCGCGUGGACCCAGGGUUAAGCAGACCCGUGCGGUCACUAUCAACUACCGGGAAGCCUACAUCAGCCGUCUCGCAUUAGCUUCAAGCAACGUCACGAGCGAGUCCGGCAGCCGAUUCCAGCCCAACUCUCUGAGCAGUGUGGAAGUUGGUCUUGCGUCUGUCUUCGAGGGCAAUGUGCAGGGCGUGCUGGAGUUAAUCCAGAGAUGGUCACUUUGCAUUGCUGCUACAGUUGCGGAAAUCGCCAGCCAAGGACUCUGGUUUGAGUCGAGUCAGGGACAACGGAGGUUCCCUGGUUUGUCAGAGAAUGACUUGAUGGUUCUCUCGUACGGUCAAGAUAACAAGGCUCCAUCUCGCCAUCUUCGCAAGGACGAUAUCCUCCGCGACUAUGCUUUUGGAUUAUAUGAAAUUCCUGUCAUUCAGAAUGAGACUAGCAGCCGUGAAGGAUGGGAGUUGGGUCUUGAGGUGUUAAGCCGACUCAACGAUACCAACCAGAUGAAGAAGGCCGUCUCUGAAAUUGUUGAUAAACUUCCGUUGGAGAACUCUGAUCAGUUGGACAAAUUAGUAGUUCUCUGCUCGGAUCUUGACUUGGAGGACCAGGGACGCAGAGUCUCCGAGCGAUUCGGCGACAUGCUGACUUCCAAGUCAGAGAACUUUGGUCUUGCUCUUGUGUGCUACGCUCGUGCUCAGAGCCGCCGCAAGGUCAAGUCAGUCGUCGAUCUUUUGAUUUCAUACAGUUUGGUCCAAUCGCGCGCAUACCCUGCCACGGCCGACCUCGACUCAUACCUCCUAUCCAUGAUGAAAGAACCCAAGGCAUGCUUGUCCUCGAUUGCCGAGAUCGACGAGGAAGCGGCCCGCAUUCUCCAGUUCUACCUCAGCGGCUACGCAACCCUGCGCCGGUUCUACGAGAUCCGUGACGAGGAAUCCGAAUUGAAAGAAGGCGAGCGACCACGCUACAAGCCCCUAGCUCGCCGCCGCGCCGCCGCGCAAGCCCUCGCCGCCGUCAUCGGCAGUGCAGCCGAUAAUAUCUACGGAGGACUCUACGACCCAGACCGCGACUCCGCCGUCCAAGUCGACGGAUUACUAGCACUCCUCGGCGAAGCCCUAGUAUUCGUGAGCCAACCAACCCCGGUCCUCACAGUCUCCCAACAAUUCACCAUCCUCUCCGCCAUCGAAGACCUGGAAACCGUCACCCCCCGCGUCUACGCUCAAUGCGAAGAAUGUUUCCGCUCCACCCUCCUCGCCACCACCACCUCCGACCCGUCCUGCGCUCCCCCCUCCCCGCGCGCGCUCUUCAAAAAAUCAAUCACGAAUUUCAACGCCUCGACCUUCUCCCUGAUGGGCAAUGGCAUGCUCGAGUCAGCGCGCACCCGCUCAGGCUCGGGCUCCGCUUCCGGGCCCGCUUCCAUGAGCGGGUCGGGCGUUCUCGUCCCCCGUCCCAGCGACAUGUCUGCCGUUGGUGACCGGGGCUGGGAUUGGCGCGUUGGUUUGCCCGAGUCGGCUAAAGGCGAGGAUAUCCUGCGCAUGCUGCGUUCUGGUCUGGCCAGGGGGUUGAGUCAUGGUGCUUUGGGGUCGUCUGUUUAG